AUGGCCCCUCGAGUAAUUGUUGUCGGUGGUGGAUUGUCCGGUCUCAGUGCCGCCCACACCGUCUACCUUAACGGUGGAAAUGUUCUCGUUCUUGACAAGCAAGCUUUCUUCGGUGGCAACUCAACGAAGGCCACCUCUGGUAUCAAUGGUGCGCUCACUCGCACCCAAGUCGACCUCAACAUCCGAGAUAGCGUCACGCAAUUCUACGAUGAUACCCUGAAAUCCGCUCGCGACAAGGCUCGCCCCGACCUCAUCAAAGUCCUCACAUACAAGUCCGCUGCUGCCGUAGAAUGGCUGCAGGACGUCUUCAAUCUCGACCUCACACUCGUUUCUCGUCUCGGUGGCCACUCCCAGCCCCGAACACACCGUGGCCACGAUGCCAAGUUCCCCGGUAUGGCUAUCACAUACGCUCUCAUGCAGCGCCUAGAAGAGCUCGCCGAGUCCGAUCCCGACCGAGUUCAAAUCAUCAAGAAGGCCCGUGUCACGAGCGUCAACAAGGAGGGUAACGUUGCUACCGGAGUCACAUUUGAGGUGGAUGGCGAGACGAAGACAGCGGAUGGUGUCGUUAUCUUGGCAACUGGUGGUUAUGCUGCUGAUUUCGGCGAUUCAUCACUGCUCAAGCAACACCGCCCUGACACGUUUGGUCUGUCCAGCACCAACGGCACUCACGCCACUGGCGAUGGUCAAAAGAUGUUGAUGUCCAUCGGUGCCAACGGUAUUGACAUGGAUAAGGUCCAGGUCCACCCUACGGGUCUCGUCGACCCCAAGGAUCCCACUGCCAAGUUCAAGUUCCUCGCCGCUGAGGCCCUCCGUGGUGAGGGUGGUCUUCUUCUCAACUCUGACGGUGAGCGAUUCUCUGACGAGCUUGGUCACCGUGACUAUGUCUCAGGUCAGAUGUGGAAGGAGAAGGAGAAGGGAAAGUGGCCCAUUCGCCUCGUCCUCAACAGCAAGGCUUCUAAAGUUCUCGACUUCCACACUCGCCACUACUCUGGUCGUGGACUGAUGAAGAAGAUCAGCGGCAAGGAGCUGGCUAAGGAGAUUGGUUGUGGCGAAGCCAAGCUGCAGAAAACCUUCGAUGACUACAACGCCAUUGCUGAGGGCAAGCAGAAGGAUCCCUGGGGAAAGCGCUUCUUCCACAACCUCCCCUUCAACGUCGAUGAUGAGUUCCACGUUGCCGUCAUGGAGCCUGUGCUGCACUUCACUAUGGGUGGUAUUGAGAUCAACGACCGCUCCGAGGUCCUCAAUUCUGAGCAUAAGCCCUUUGACGGUCUUUACGCUUGCGGUGAACUUGCCGGUGGUGUCCACGGUGCCAACCGUCUGGGCGGUUCUUCUCUCCUGGGUUGCGUUGUUUACGGUCGUGUUGCAGGUGACAGCGCUAGCGAGUAUCUCUUCAAGAAACUUGUUGCUGGUGGCGGCUCUUCUGCCCAGCAGCGUCUUGGCCAGAUCUCUCUGCACAUCGAUCCCUCUACACCUGGCAAGAUCUCCGUAGAAUGGACUGGGGCUGGUGCUGCUGCUCAGGCGAAUGGUACCGACCCCGCCGUCUCCACGGCACCUCUCCCCGCUAAUGCUGAUGCCCCUGCUGAGACAUCAAAGCCGCCGACUAAGCCUCCUAAGAAGUUCAGCAUCCCCGAGACCGAGUACUCGAUGGAGGAAGUGGCUAAGCACAACAAGAAGGAAGACUUGUGGAUCGUUGUCAAGGGUAUCGUUCUCGACGUGACCAACUGGCUGGACGAGCACCCUGGUGGUGCCAACGCCUUGUUCAACUUUAUGGGGCGUGAUGCCACAGAAGAGUUCGAGAUGCUCCAUGACGACGAAGUCAUUCCCAAAUACGCUCCUCACAUCGUUAUCGGCCGGGUCAAGGGCCAAACUCCCAGCCUUGAAUAUUAA